ACGUGUCUGCACAUGACACCCUCGGAAAAGUUGCAGUUGGAGGAAUCCGGCGAGGUGUUUUAAAUGGACCGAAGACUGUCGCUUAAAGGAAAACUGCACCUGGGGCGACGGAGUUGACGAUAGUCUCAUCAUCCGCACGCUUAUUAUUAUUCUGCUCUACGAAUUUAAGGGGAGGUUUUCGAACGAUGUGACAUGACUGCUACCCGAAUGUAACAAUUAGGCUAACCUUGAUGAAAUCCGAUUGCGCUCUUCCGCCGCGUAUUAAUUGAAACCAGUCGGGUGCCUGCAGCCAUAUGUAGUUGAAUCAUUUAACUGAAGAGGAUGCUUUAAAUGUACAAUCAGUAGAACAUUGAAGGCUACUUUGAAGGCAACCCGGAAUCGCCCCCAAUUAAUUUCAAAUGCCAUGGUAGCUUAUUUGCUUAAACGUAAAGGUCAGAAUCUGGGGUUUGCGAGAUAAAUGCUGAAUUGAUUGGAGACCUUCGGAAUUGACCGCCCUGUCAUUCAUUGCCUGUUGUGUAGGCACGGAAUUUUCACGCGCUGUUCUAGCAAUCCAACAGCUGAACAACAUUGUCUAGGUAGUACAUCCAAACUGACCGCCCCACUACUUCGCAUCUGCGCCCCGGCCACUUGAAAUGAGGACAGCGUCCCGAGCGUGUUCUGUGUGAAGCCGAGAAAGCGGGCAAUUCCUUCCGUCUCUCCCGUCCGCAUUGAGGCAAGGACAAUAAGUCCCCGUUUGGCCGUGCUGCAGCCAUGGACCAGGACGAGAACAAGAGCGUCUCGAAAAAGACCAUAAUCACAAAGAUUUUCAAAGUUCGCAGGAGGAGAGAGAUGCUUUUCGUGCAAGUGUGUUUUCUCUGCAGUGUCCUCUGCAUGGCAUGGAGCAUGUCAGUAUUGCUGACAAAGACAGGUUAUGGAGUAACAUUAAUAAAUGGACACGAGCAGCAUGAACAUUGGGGAAGGAAGCUCAUGGGACAUGAAGCCGACAACGAGACCGAGUCGAAGAACUGCACAGAGCCAGCUAUCAAGGAGUUCCCUGAAGACAUGUUUUCCAACCACGAGCGCAAGAGUGGUGCCGUCCUGCUGCACAUCGUGGCGGCCCUCUAUAUGUUCCUUGCCCUGGCUAUAAUCUGUGACGACUACUUUGUACCAUCGCUGGAGAAGAUCUGUGAGAAACUAGACUUAAGUGAGGAUGUUGCCGGAGCCACUUUUAUGGCAGCUGGGAGUUCCGCUCCUGAGCUGUUUGCCUCCAUCAUUGGUGUCUUCAUCACCCACGGUGACGUGGGGGUGGGGACAAUCGUCGGCUCAGCGGUCUUCAAUAUCCUGUGCAUCAUCGGCGUGUGCGGAAUAUUCGCCGGACAGGUUGUCGUGUUGGGUUGGUGGUCUGUUUUCCGAGAUUCAUUCUACUACGUCUUGUCGAUCCUCGCUCUUAUUGCGUUCAUCUACGAUGGGAAGGUAGUGUGGUGGGAGAGCCUGGUGUUGGUGGUCAUGUACUGUGGAUACAUCCUCAUCAUGAAGUUUAACCAGAGCUUGCAGAAGUUAUUCGCGAGUAAAGACAACAAGGACAAGAAUCAGGCCAAUGGUAACGCAGCGGCCAGCACCGAGAUGCAGGAUGUCAAGCCCAGUAAGGCUUACAGUCGUGGGUCUGUGGUCAUGGUCGAUGAGAUGAUGCAUGCCAACCCUCCGAAGAUGCGCUUCCCCGAGGCCGGCCUCCGCAUCAUGAUCACCAGCCAUUUUGGACCCAAGACCCGGCUGCGCAUGGCCAGUCGCCUCAUCAUCAAUGAGCGUCAGAAGCUGGUCCAGGGUGCCAACGGAGUGGAGACCCAGGUGCUGGAGGGGAAGGUGGAUGUUGAGAACGGCAACGUGCCUGAGGACAAGCCUGCAGAGGAGGAGGCCGAAAAUGAGACAAUCUCCCCCUUUCAUAUCCCUGUGGGCAUCAGCAGCAAGUGCAAGUGGCUGAUCGCGUGGCCCCUGCUGCUCCUUCUGUUCUUCACCAUCCCCAACUGUGCCAAGCCUCGAUGGGAGAAGUUCUUUAUGCUCUCCUUUAUCCUCUCCACUGUCUGGAUUGCCGUCUUCUCUUACUUCAUGGUCUGGAUGGUCACCAUCAUCGGCUACACCCUUGGCAUCCCAGACGUCAUUAUGGGCAUAACUUUCCUGGCAGCGGGCACUAGUGUACCAGACUGCAUCGCCAGUCUCAUCGUUGCUCGGCAAGGAAUGGGUGACAUGGCUGUGUCCAACACCAUUGGCAGUAAUGUGUUUGAUAUCCUGGUUGGGCUGGGGUUGCCCUGGGCGCUACAGACCAUGGCGGUCAACUACGGCUCUGAGGUCAUUAUCAACAGUCGAGGACUUCUCUACUCUGUGGUGCUGCUGCUGGGUUCUGUGGCUUUAACGGUGGGGGGGAUCCACGUGAACCACUGGAAGCUGGAUCUGAAGCUGGGUAUCUACACGCUGGUCCUCUACGCUGUCUUCCUGUGUUUCUCCAUCAUGAUCGAGUACAACGUGUUCACCUUCGUCAACCUGCCAAUGUGCAUGGAGGAGUAGCUAGACCCUGCCCACCCACGCUGACCUCUGAAUCAGGAAGCUCCAUCCCCUCAAUCCCAGAGAGCGACCAAUCACAAUCAACCUUCUUCGCCGUCAUCCACUACAUUACUAAACCUUGUAACUGAAACUCCUGUCUGUCUGACUCCAUCUUUCAUUGUCAUAACAGACCUGUUGACCUCUUGAUCUGCUCAUUGUCUUUAAAUCUGUCUCUCCCUGUGCUUGGACUCGCUUUCCCAUGAGGCUUUGUUCUGAGGAGUGGAUGGACGCCUCUCCAUGCCUCAAACGUCCUCCCCUCUCACAUCCAACAGACAGGACCCAGUGUCAGACUAAUCUGUUUUCCAUUUACCCCCUCCAACUAUCUCUAGUCUUACUGUGCUUUCAUUAGCAUUUCAUCAAAGGCUUUUGACUUAAGGGGAUCCUACACUACUUAGUCUCCCUCUCACAAGAACCCACACAUACCUCAGGUUAGGGUUAGUCGUAAACCCCAACAUUGACACUCAACCAUUUCUCCCACUCUCCCCCAUCAAAACCUCUUCUCUUAUCCUCCCUACCCCACACCACAGAUCUACCCAAAGACCCUAGGAAGAAAACACGACCUCGCCCUCAAUCUCUACCUCUCCCCCAAAUCCCGCUUGUGCCCCCACCCUUUGGAGGAGGAACUUUUUUUGGGCAGCUCUUCUACUCUUUCUGGCCUGGACCCCUCUGACAUGGUCCAAGCUGUGAUAGUUUCCUGUUUCCACAUCGCUACGUCCCACCCCUCUGCACCAGACAUUCACCUUUCAAUCCUCAAUCUACUACUCUUUUACUCUUCACUUCAUCACCUCUUAAGAAGGACAUUUUGUCAGGAAUCUUUAUGUAAAAUGAGUACGUGGUCAACUCAAAGCUGAGACUGAAAGAAGAGCGCAUAUGAUGUAUAGUUGCAACACUGCACAUUGUUAAACUUGUAAACAUGUAUUUUUUUUUCAUUUUCUUUUUGUAUCGUGUGGGUUUUUGUUUUUCAAACGGGAGUUUAAAAACGACCAUGAAAUAUGUAGAGGAGAGCUUGUUGCAAUCAUAAAGGACAUUGCCUGUUUCACAGAAAGGAAUUGCGCACGGAGAAAAUGCUUUUUGCUGUAAGGAGAUUUGGCCCCCCUCGAAGGGAGGGCGUCUGGCUGAUGGAGGCGACUCUAUAACCCGUUGUGCUGAAAGUUCAGCUGUUGUUUUUUUUCCUCCAUCAGAGACUGAUAUCUCUCACACACACCCUCCAACUGCAAAACACUAAAGAGAGAAACGACUCACACCGGAUCUUGGGGAGAUGCGACAGAUACGUCACUGAACGGGGGGAUACGGUGUCAUCUUUGGAAUGGUGUCCAUAUUAGGACAUCUUCGCACAACAGCAUGGAGAAAUGUGUAUUGCAUCACAGGUGAUCUGAAUCGGUCUGUUCUUCUCAUCUUCUGUCAUUGACCCCCCCUUUGACCACUAGGGGGCAAUGCUGCCCCCUCACUCUGAUCUGUCUGUGCAUGGCAGGGGUCUUAAGCAACCACAGCUGUUUGGUUAUCAGGGAAUAUUUGAAGCCUCUGAAGUUCCAGUAGGUGGCGCCAUUGGUGGUGUUAGCUCAAUGUUAAUUACAUGUAGAUAAUGCACUUUAAAACAAGCAAGGCCGUCCUCUCAGUCUGAGUCAACUAGUGCUUCCUUUGAGUGUAUGUAUGUACAUUAUAUGUGAGUGUGCGUGCGUGGGGGUGGGGGCACACCCGUGAGCACACAACAGUCUGUCUGCAGUGCAUUGUACUUACUGGGAGUAUAAACGCAGGCUCCUCGGCAGUACGAAAAGUGAUAGGCUGAGGGGUGUGCGUGCGUGGCUGCCACCCCCCACCCACUUUACAAAAAACGGCAGCUACAAGCUACUGCAAUCUGAGACAUUUGACAUCAUGCAAAAACAUCUGCGGAGACUGAGUCUACAAUAAGCUGGAAAGAUUUGCUUUAAUAGGGGAGUGUUAAUGACGAAAACAUGACCUUCCCUUUUUGUGUUGGCAGCAGGUACUUGUAUAUGCAAUCUCAAUGUUAUGCGUUCUGUGUGUUGGAAUUAGAAGGGCCCCUAUGGAGGUUGCCAUAAUGUUAGGAGAACAUUUGAGCUCGCUUGUGUGAAUGACAGCUGAGGAACCGAGCCAGAGGACAUGGAUGGAACGUUCUGGAAUGGGGGAUUCUGUGUGUGCGGGGAGUCCGACCCUCCUGGCACAAGGGCAUUAUUCAACCACCAACUCUACCUGAAGACCAGAGGGGAAGGACACCAGCCGGGAUGCUGGGAAACACCCCCCAGGCUACAGAUGGUUUAGUCCAGUGUCCUCUGACCUUUCUGGAAAUUCUCCUCCAGGAAAGACAACUUUGUGAGAUGAGAUCUCAUCUGUGUGUGUGUGAUGAACCUGAGUAGCAGAAAUUUUAGGAGUUGGACCCCUAAGCUGCUACUCCCGGGGGAGGUUUUUGACUCUAGCUGCGUUCUCUUGGAAGAAGGUGACCACAUAGGUCCUCAAGACUCUCAACCCCCCCAUCCUCCUCAUCACAUCCCAAUGCCAUCAAUGCUACCCGUAUCGUGUGUCCUCCACCCCGCUCGACUAUCAAUUUAUAGCAGUUACCCUCACUGCACUGUAUGCCCCCCAGUGGGUCUUUUCCCUGUAGAAGAGUGAAAAAGUAUUCUCUACUAGUGCCAUUUGAAUUUGAUUCUCAUUGUUUCCUUCUUGUUAACGAUUGUUGCAUUCUCAAUCUUUUCGUUCUUCCUUAUUAACUGUACAUACAGUGGGGCCCGAAAUGAUUGACAGCCUUGAAAAAAAUAACAGUAUAAAAUAAAUAAUUAAAAUACUGAGCUAUAUUGUAUGCAAAAGAAAAGUAAAUGAUGUGGUUUUAUACUAAUAUAAUUGCUCAGAGAAAGAGAUUUUGUUUAGCAAGUAAUAUAUAUUUUUUCAUCAAAGGGUAGGGGUCAAAAUGAUUGACACCCCUGUUUUCAAUACUUCACCUUGUGAGGAUAAUGGCACAGACUUUUUCUACACAUUGGGAGGAAUAAUAGACCAUUUCUCCACACAGUAUCCUUCCAUAUCCUUGAUAUCCUUUGCGCUUAUGGACUGCCCUCUUCAAUUCAAACCACAGGUUUUCAAUGGGUUUCAAGUCCGGAGACGAGAUGGCAAGAGAUGGCAAUAGCAAAAUGUAGAUUUUGGGGCCGAUUUAACCAUUUUAUUUGUGGAUUUUGUGUGCUUGGGGUUAUUGGCUUGCUGGAACAUCCACUUGCGGCAAAGUUUCAGCCUCCUGUUAGAAUGAAGCAGGUUUUUUAACGGUAAAAUUGGACCCCUACUAUUUUCAUCAAUAAAUAUGACUUGUUAAACAAAAUCUUUCUCUGAGAAAUUGGUAGUAUAUUAGUAUAAAAUCAUAAUCUCCCAAUUAUUUGUUUGAAUACAAUAUAGCUCAGUAUUUGAAUUAUUUAUUUUAUACAGUAUUUUUUUCUCAUCUUUAUCAAGGGUGUCAAUCAUUUCAGACCCCGUGGUUCAUAUGUACAUUUGAAGUCGGAAGUUUACAUACACCUUAGCCAAAUACAUUUAAACUCAGUUUUUCACAAUUCCUGACAUUUAAUCCUAGUAAAAAUUCCCUGUCUUAGGUCAGUUAGGAUCACCACUUCAUUUUAAGAAUGUGAAAUGUCAGAAUAAUAGUAGAGAAUUAUUUAUUUCAGUUUUUAUUUCUUUCAUCACAUUCCCAGUGGGUCAGAAGUUUACGUACACUCAAUUAGUGUUUGGUAGCAUUGCCUUUAAAUUGUUUAACUUAGGUCAAACGUUUUGGGUAGCCUUCCACAAGCUUCCCACAAUACGUUGGUGAGUUUUGGCCCAUUCCUCCUGACAGAGCUGGUGUAACUGAGUCAGGUUUGUAGGCCUCUUUGCUCGCACACGCUUUUUCAGUUCUGCCCACAAAUUUUCUAUACGAUUGAGGUCAGGGCUUUGUGAUGGCUACUCCAAUUAGUUGACUUUGUGGUCAUUAAACCAUUUUGACACAACUUUGGAAGUAUGCUUGGGGUCAUUGUCCAUUUGGAAGACCCAUUUGUGACCAAGCUUUAACUUCCUGACUGAUGUCUUGAUGUUUCUUCAAUAUAUCCACAUUUUCCAUCAUGAUGCCAUCUAUUUUGUGAAGUGCACCAGUCCCUCCUGCAGCAAAGCACCCCCACAACAUGCUGCCACCCCCGUGCUUCACAGUUGGGAUAGAGUUCUUUGGCUUGCAAGCCUCCCCCUUUUUCCUCCAAACAUAACGAUGGUCAUUAUGGCCAAACAGUUCUAUUUUUGUCAGACCAGAGGACAUUUUUUUGUCCCCAUGUGCAGUAGCCUAUAAGAAGCUUCUAAAGCCAUGACAUAAUUUUCUGGAAUUUUCCAAGCUGUUUAAAGGCAAAGUCAACUUAGUAUAUGUCAACUUCUGACCCACUGGAAUUGUGAUACAGUGAAAUAAUCUGUAAAUAAUUGUUGGGAAAAUGUAUUGUUAACUCAUGCAAGUUAACAAGAAAUUUGUGAAGUGGUUGAAAAACGAGUUUUAAUAACUUAAGUGCAUGUAAACUUCCGACUUGAACUGUACAUUUUUGAACAGCUUUUUGGGUCAAAAGAACAAGCAUAUACCUGAGUUGAUUCAAUGUCAAAAGUUUUUGGGGGUUUGUUUUCCAUUGUACAUUUCCGUUUGUUUGUCAUUGGUUUUAAGUAGUGGGUUUGGGUUAACACCUGUGUGGUCGUGUCCUUGGACCAAUCCCAAAUGGACCCCUAGAUCCUACACAUUAUGCACUUGUGGAGAUCUGAGAGGGUUAGACAGGUGUAAGCAAUCAGUAAUAGCUCCACAUAGCCACCUAACGUCCAGGUUCAGUGUAAGUUUCACUAUUUUGUGCUAAUACUGUUAUAGGCUUUGGGAUUUUGCUCGAUUUCGAGGGUUGAUUCUGUUUGGGUGUGGCUUGCCCUGAUUGGAAUCAUCCUUGUUGGUCAGGAUGUGUUGCACCUGUCGCCUUGUUAAUCAGCCAAUAGUUUCACCUGUGCUGGCACAGUGUUCCAGUGGAAAUGGAGAUGUUGGAAGAGCUAUACGGCUGUUUAGCAGUGGAGGCUAGUGGGAGGAGCUAUAGGAGGACGGGGUCAUUGUAAUGCCUGGAUUGGAAUAAAUGGAACGGUUUCAAACGUGGUUUCUAUGUUUGAUACCGUUUCAUUUAUUCCAUUCCAGCCAGUACAAUGUCCUCCUAUAGCUCCUCCCACCAGCCUCCACUGCCGUUUAGCUAUUCCUCUUUAAGGUUGUAAACAAAGCUUUUUACUGUAUCUUGUGUCUCACCUAAGUUGUGUGUGUUUUCUUCCUUUAAUUUGUCUGAUAUCAGGCAAGUCUAGUGGGUGCUAAGAUGCUACUCGGGUGGUUUGCUUGGCCAGCACCCACAUUGAUGCCUUUCAAAACACACUUUGAAACCAAAACUGUUUCGCUCUGGUUGUCAGCGGCUCAGUUGUUCGUUCCCUAUUUCUUUUGAGCAACGAUUUGUAUUUAUUUAUUGGGGAAUGUAACAAUACCAAUAAAAUCCUUGGAUCUCCACAAGCGAAUAGAGCAUAGGGUCUAGGGGUUGCCUUGGAAUUGGGCACUGGUUGCCAGGUCCUGAAAGUAACAGCACAGCAGCUCACACUGCUCCUACUGUUUGACUAUUUAAACUCAUCCAACACACACAUCCACACAUAUUGCCAGUUUAUCUGCCACAAACGUUUAUUAUCAAUCACUUUUUAAAAAAAAUAAGUUGAAUUCAGAUACCAUAAAUCAUGCCAUAGCUCUGCAUUAAAAAUACAUAGAAACCAUGUUGUACAAAAUAAAAGAGCACACAUAGCCCCAUACACCCAGGGCAACAUUUACUUAGUGCGAAAUAAUUAUAAAAAGUGUAACAAUUACCGUAAACCUCAUUAUCAACUGAGUAGUUUGGGUCCUGAAUGCUGAUUGGCUAAAACAGCAUUUAGCUGUGUGUAUAUCAGGCAAUAUACCACUGGUGUGAGGCAAAAAUACUUGUUUACUGUUCUAUUUAUGUUGGUAACCAGUUUAUAAUAGCAAUAAGGCACCUCGGGGGUUUGUGGAAUAUGGCCAAUAUACCACAGCUAAGGGCUGUAUCCAGGCACUCCACUUCACGUCAAGCGUAAGAACAGCCCUUAGCCGUGGUAUAUUGGCUAAUAUACCACACCCUCUCAGGCCUUGUUAAUUAUAAUCUGGUAGUGUGAUUUAAUUUGAAACGUAUCAUAGUGCAAAGACAACAAAAAUACCAUAAACCUCAUAAUCUGAGAGUGACAAUUUAAAAAACUUUUCUUCAACAAUGUGUGUAUAAAGAGACCACUUUAUGUAUUGCUCGGGUAAUUAAACUAGUUAAAUAUUCCGCCUCUUUAUAACACACAUGGUUUAACCCUCAAGCUACUGACUGGGUUCAUUGUCAAAUAUUUCAUGACUUUGUCGAUCAACAUGUUCUUAAAUCUAAAUAAUUGUUUUCGUGUUUAUGUAUGAAUAUGGACUUUUUAAAAGACCCCAGUCAAAAACACCUAAGUCUGCUUAUAGUAAUUUGAUAAAUGGGACCUUUUAUUUGAAUCUAGUUUUCUCUGGAGACAUGGUAACAAGUUAUCCACACCACCAGAGGGUGGAGGGGGACCUGUAUCAUGGAUUUUGACCAGAUAGACAGAUCACCUGCAGACAUAUAGCUUCCCAUGUACUCACCUAAGAUUGUACUUUUCUAUACCACAUAUACCACAAAACCCAAAUUACCUUAUUUUUGUGCAUAUAAAAAUCUGCCAGUGGUAUACAAAGUCUGCCAAAGAUAUAAAUACUUAACAAUACAGAACUCGGAUACACUCUGAAUCUACAUAGAGAGCUGUAUUGGUGUAUAUUCUCUGAAAAGUUGUUAUUCUAGGGAAAACCUGUCUCCAGGUUUCUACAUAUCAUCAGAGGGUGGAGGGGGGCCUUAUGUACUCACUCGCCUAUGGUUAUAACUAGGUAUGACCGUGUACAACAUCUAAAUGAACUUCGAUAUUUGCUUAUUUGCAGUCGAAGCAGCUCACUGUCAGUGUACUUGUUACUUGGUAAAACUGUAGUACAGAAACCAGUUACCCUCUGAAUGUACACAUAGUGCUGUAUAGGUCGUUAUCAAUAAAACGUCACAAGGUGCAUAGCGUUUGAUUUGCCUGCUCCGCUAAAACCAUUGACAACUACUUUCUGUUUUCAAGGGAUUGCUUUAUACAUUUUAUAACUAUUUGGUUUUAAUAUCAUCACCUCUUGAAGAGUAUAGUUAGAACUACACAUGUCCGUUAUUCCACAUUUAGCUCUAUCAGAGUUAUACAGCAAGUAACUGCAUGCUUGUCAUCAAUUGAUCAUGUAUUUUCAGAUACGUGAGGGUAGCCUAUCCAUGUAGCAUGUAGCUAGAUAAGCAAACAACGUGUAAUUUAGCUUGCUUCAUCAGAGAUGAGGCUUUUCUGAAAGAGCUUGACAUUGGCAAGUCCUCGUCCUGGUAAAGUUGUCAAUUAGACUACUGUCAUCUCCACUAUAGAUGGCAAGCAAAUCAAUAAGUAUGUGACCGACCGGCUUGAUUCAGUCUUAUGUAGCAAAAUUUGAAGUAUGAACACAAAAACUACAGGCUGCAUGACAUCAGCAGCCUGGUGGUCCAAAUUAGCAUAACUAAUGUAGUUUAACACCAAUAAACCCACCCGUUUAAAAAUGUAUGUAUAUGUCAAUCUAGCAAACCAGGCAACUUAAAGCAACUUUCUAAACCAUGUUUGGUUCUUUCUGGCUUGCUAGCUGAUGUUAUGUUAGUUAGCUAGCUAGCUGAUGUUAGCUUGCUAGCCAGUUCAAAUAAUGACCAUAUCAUAUUGUUGACAACGUCUUCACUUUAUCUCUUUUGUCUAUAUAAUUAAGGAAAAUAAACUCACAACAAGAUCAUUAUUUACAAGUUAACGGCGAGCCAAUUACAGAAAAUAUCUUUCUACCAGAUCAUUUUUGAACUUGGACACUGUCUCGUUGGCCUAACGUUAAAUAAUAAUUUGACUUUGGUACAGGUCAUGUUCUUCACAUUACUGUUUCUGGUAAACACAUAAUUUUGCAAUUCUACUACGUGAUUUAUUUUAUUUUAUUAAGCGUUGGAAAGGAUUACCUACACAUACUGACCAGCUCAUGUUAUAGACAGAAGCGAGCUACAUGGCAGACCAAUCCAAACUCAUCUCUCGGCAAUUCCAGCCCAUCCAUUAUCUCAGCCAAUCAUGGCUAGCGGGAAGGUUCUUGUCUUUUUCUGUGGUUAAACCAACUAGGCUCGUAAUUUAACAAUUGUAUUUGUAUUUACAGAUGGCAUACAAGUUUGUUAUUAAGGCACAUUAAAGUUUGCAUGUUCCAGAAGGCAUUUCUGCCAAAAAAUAAGUUUUGAUUUUUACGUUCAAAUGCCUUUCCUGGGAAGCAGUGACGCACGACAUAUGCCUAGUUUCCUGAAACAAGUCACAUAUUUGGAUAUACAGCCAUCUAGUUUAUCCCCUGAAAGUUAGCUUGUUAACUAUCCAUAUUGACGUGAUCUAUUCUUAGCUAGCUAGCCAAUCUGACAUGGUCCAUUAAUAUAGCCUAUCCUAUCUGUCAGCAGCAAUCGUGAUUAAACACGUAAAAACAAUGUUGAAAAGAGGAUAAUGGUAGCCAACUUCGCUAGGUAGGCCUAUGUUGGUUGGAGAAAAAAGUACAUUAGGUCUACUUAUCACUAUGUUUAGCCAACUGUACAACAUUUCUACCGGUAGCUUGCAAAGUAAACAUUCUCAGCUAACUGACAGUACAUUGGCAAAUGCGCCCUUCUGCUGAUUGACAGGCAGACCCCACAAAGGAUGGGAAAUGAACCUAAACCACUCAUACUUGUCAGGUAUAGUUCACUUAUAUUUUAUAUCAGUCAUAUCUAAUUAAUGGUGGCCAAUAUUGAGAUACAUGAGGUUAGACUCACAAUAUAUCUGAAAUGACAUGAUCAAUUGAUGGUCACUGAUCAUGAAAAGCAGGCAGCUACUUGCUGUAUAACUCUGAUAGAGCUAAAUGUCAUCAAUUGUUUUGCAUGGAAUAAUCUGAAAUGUGUAGUUCUGACUGCUCUUCAAGAGGUGAUGAUAUUGCAACCAAAUAGUUAACAUGUAUUUAACAAUCCCUUUGAAAUGGCACACAGUUGUCAUGGUUUUAGCAGAGCUGGGGGUCUCCUUGCCCCCCCCCCCCCCCCCCCCAGCAGGCAAAUUGAAUGCUCUGCAUCUUAUUGUGAGGUUCUAUUAAUAAUAUUGGUGUGUAUUCUCCCCCAAAAAAUAUUCUACUGAAAAUAUUAUAAAUACCAGAAUUCCUAUAAUAACCUCCAAUAUACUUUAUGUGCAAGGUGUUAUGAUAUUCUAAAUGCUAUACCCUUUGGUUUAAAGUAACUUAAAGGAUUGGGGGCAUGCUUUUUGAAGCAUGCUACCAUAGCCCAUACCACUCCCAUUGUUUCACUCACAUAAAUGCUAACGCUGGCUGUGUGCUAAGUAAUUAAAGAAAACGAAGCCAUAGUUUUGGUCAAUGUCUUUCAGGGUUAAAUUAUUUCAAAUGUUGGUGUACUGCCCCUUUAAAUGGCAGUCAAUUUUACCACAUUUAUAUUUUCUUAAAAAAACUGAAAACUAAAUGAUACUUUAGUAAAAUGGUAAAUGAGCUUUUCAGUACUAAGGUGGAAUUGUACUUUGGAAAAAAUCUGCACAUUAUAUAAAGGACAUAUGUUUUCUUUUUACAAAAUAUGCAAAUUUACAGUAAUUUUGCUAAAAUAAUAGUCCAGAUAACAUUAAUGACAUGUCUAAUGUCGUUUUGAUAAUAAAUAAGUUGAUAUUUUGCUGUGAUUGUUAAUUAAUAAUUUCUUAUUAGGGUCAAAAUGUCACUUGAUGGUGAAGAAGUUUCACAUUUUGUCACGCUGUUAGAUUGAGGUUUACGGUAUUUUUUGCUCUUUGCACAAUUUGUUUGCACUAUGAAAAUGUUGCACACACAUACACACACAAUAACUAUAACUACUGAACACCGGAGUGGAACCAUAUGUAAUUCUCUUGAAUGAAUGCGACCAGAUGCACUGUGAGCUCAAUGUGAUGUGGGAGUCAUUUGUCAACCAAUAAAAAUGGGAAUACAUAAUAAUCAUAUUAAUAAUAAUAAUAAUUAUUAUUAUUAUUAUGAUAAUACACUAUUAUAAAUAUAUAUAUAUAUAUACACAAAAGUCUGUGGACACCUCUUCAAAUUUGUGGAUUUGGCUGUUUCAGCGACACCCGUUGCUGACAGGUGUGUAAAAUCGAGAACACCGCCAUGCAAUCUCCAUAAACAACAUUGGCAGUAGAAUGGCCAUACUGAAGAGCUCAGUGACAUUCAACGUGGCACCGUCAUAGGAUGCCACCUUUCCAACAAGUCAGUUCAUCAAAUUUCUGCCCUGCUAGAGCUGCCCCGGUACACUAACUUCUGUUAUUGUGAAGUAGAAAUGUCUAGGAGCAACAAUGGCUCAGCCGCGAAGUGGUAGGACACACAAGUUCACUGAACAAGACCGCCGAGUGCUGAAGUGGGUCAAAAUCGUCUGUCCUCGGUUGCAACACUCACUACCGAGUUCCAAGCUGCCUCUGGAAGCAACGUCAGCACAAUAACUUUUCAUCAGGAGCUUCAUAAAAUGGAUUUCCAUGACCGAGCAGCUGCACACAAUCCUGAGAUUACUAUGAGCAAUGCCAAAGCUUUCCGCCAUUGGACCCUGGAGCAGUGGAAACACAAUCCCUGGAGUGAUGAAUCACGCUUCACCAUCUGGCAGUCUGACGGACGAUUCUGAAUUAGGUGGACGACAGUUAUUUUUCCUAUCUGCCACAAUGCAUAGUGCCAACUGUAAAGUUUGGUGGAGGAGAAAUAAUGGUCUUGGGCUGUUUUUCAUAGUUCGGCUAGGCCCCUUAGUUCCAGUGCAGGGAAAUAUUCAUGCUACAGCAUACAAUAACAUUCUAGACGAUUCUGUGCUUCCAACUUUGUGGCAACAGUUUGGGGAAGGCUUUUUCCUGUUUCAGCAUAACAAUGCCCCCGUGCACAAAGCAAGGUCCAUAUACAAAUGGUUUGUCGAGAUCAGUGUGGAAGAACUUGACUGGCUUGCACAGAGCCCUGACCUCAACCCCAUCGAACACCUUUGGGAUGAAUUGGAAUGCCGACUUCGAGCCAGGCCUAAUCGCCCAACAUCAGUGCCCGACCUCAGUAAUGCUCUUGUGUCUGAAUGGAAGCAAGUCCCUGCAGCAAUGUUCAAACAUCUAGUGGCAAUCCUUCCCAGAAGAGUGGAGACUGUUAUAGCAGCAAAGCGGGCACCAAUUCCAUAUUAAUGUCCAUGAUAUUUGACUAGCAGGUGUCCACAUACUUUUGGUCAUGUAGUGUAUAUUUAAUGUAAAGUUAGUUACUAUAAAAAAUUAUCGAGGACAUCUGUAUAACUUAUAUGAAUGUAUUGUCUUGCUGUACUGGACAUAUCCAACUGAUGCAUUUUACUGUAAAGCAAUAAUGUGAAAAAAAUUAAAUGGCUAAAUAAUUCCUGUA